CUUCCACCGACCUGAGUUCAGCUGCUGCUGCUGCUGCUUUGCCAGUGGCACAGUCCUCCCUGUGCACUGGAACCUCGGCAUUCUCGAGCAUCCAGCAGCUGCCAGGCACUUGCAGCCCUCUCAUGAAUGUCUUUCUUUAUCUCCAAGUGGCUGACUUCUCUUUUUCAAGGCUACUGUUUUCCAUCUCCUCGCUUAAAUACUGUAUCUUCUUCAAGUAUGGAAUUUGUAUGGAAACGAUGGUGGUAUCUUCAGCUGGGCUGUAUAUUAUUAGUGAAUUUGGGUUAUGCCAAUCCAGAGUAUCAAAAAGAAACUCCUCCAAGCCUGCGUGAGAUUGACCAUCAGUGCUGGGAGGUAUCGUCCCACGGGCUGGUGGAAAUUAAGAAACUCAAGGUAGCAGAUACAGUCAUUGCUCUCUGGGACUUCAUGAUGUUCCUAAAGGAAUCCCCUAAGCCCAAGCACAAUGAACUCUUCAAUGAUUUAGCCCAGAACUUCUGGGAUAUGUAUGUAGACUGUGUGCUCUCAAGAUCCCAUGGAAUGGGCAGAAGACAAUUAACAUCUCCAAAAUAUUCUUCCACGUAUUCACACAGAACUUUAGGAGGGUCUGCUUUCAUCAAUCCAUUUUAGGCCAAAAGGGGAGAAAAUGAAGAUACUUAAACAAGGCAACAUCAAAACGAAGGAGCGCAAAAUCACAAUAUGUAUUGUAGAUGUUUGGACAAAUCCUUUGGCAUGGUUCAAUCCUUUUUUUUUUUUUCUUUUUGUAUAAAGUACUUAAUCACUCCUCAGCUGAUAAGUACAUGAACCUCCUCCCUUUUGCUUUCCUAUCUUGCAGACUACUAUGCUCGCCUAUUCCUCCCUCCAUGUGUGAACGUGUUCUGAGUCAACACCUUUGUUUUCCCACAUAAACUUUCAAGUUUGGAUGUGUCAUAUUUUUGUAGAGUCUUGUGUUUUCCAAUAAUUCUCUUUUUAAAAGUUAAUUUUGAUGGAAACCCAAAAUAUUUUUAUAUAUUAUGCAACAGAGAAAAUGUGAACAAAUUUAUUUUAUACAUUGUCUCACACAUACUAUUAACCUUAAGAACUGAAAAAAAAAAAAAAAAAAAGAAAAAGAGAUGAGACAUUAGGCUAAAGGGAAGGAUGAUGCUCAUUGUAAUGUCCUGUGCAGUCUAGCUUUUUAUUUUAUCAUUGCUUAGUCUAAGCUAUGGAUUAAUUAAAGUAUUUUUCUAAGCAUCAAGGUCUGAAUAGCAGUAGUUUUUUUAUCCAUUAACAUGUUAUUUGAAGCCACUACUACAUGACAUGCUUUACACAAGACUGUAAAUAAGGUCAUCGCAGCUGAGAUGGGACCUGUGCACCAAGUGGCUCAAAAGAGGGACAGGCUGACUCGACUGCUGCUCUCAGUGUAAACCAUUGAGCAUUGGAUAAAAUAACUCAAGGAGAUUAACUGCCUACUUAAUCCAGUUCUUCUGAGCAUAAAAAAAAACCCUGAGAAAUGCUGACUGUUCUCUGUUUUAUUCCCUGGGCAAUGCAGCUUGUCAACCCCCGUUGUGUUUUAGCCUUUUAUGAAAUUUCAGGUGGUUUUAAUUAUUUUAGAAAAUAUUACUCAUGCUGUAAUAGCAUAUAAACCUUCAUAAGGAGCAAGAAAUCCAUUGUAAAAUAUCCAGCAAGUCUCAUAGAUUAGUAAAUGUUCAUGUAGGUAAACACAAUAUUGAACAGCAUCUUCUAAAAAGUAUUCUGGAGAGGGUACAAAAAUAGUAAGAGAUUUUUCUGACCAAUGAACAUCACUUUAAGUUCCUGAUAGAAAUAACAUUUUUGAGCAAAUGGAGUUAUUACACACCCAAACACAGCAGCUUCAGGGAUUGAUACAUUCUGAUGAACAGCAGUUUGAGAGCAAUUAUCUAACCUGCCCCAGCAGUAGCCAGUUUAUAAAGCUGUGUACUGCAUUGCAUUUACAACAGAAGCUUUAACUGGCAUAAACAAUAUUAAAAAAUAACCCUUGUUCACCUACAUUGAUCACCCACAGAAGUGUUAAAAGUAUAAUAACAUUUUAAAGGGAUUGUUUCCUCUAUUAGUGGUCUUUUAAUUGAAUGCCAGAGCAAGGUAUCCUAUGCAGUUUUAAAAGCUUCAUCCUUCUUCAGGCACUAAGUCUGUUUUAAUUAGUUUUCUAUAAGACACAGAAGUGCUUAGCAUCCACCAUAAUUGUCUCCAGAAUGUCUGAACAAUCAAUUGCUAUGGUCACUCUGUGGUGUCUGCCAAAGGGGCAGGUGAAUAUGAACCCCAAGUCACAGCAGCAGCAGCAGCAGCAAAACAAAUUCCAGGUGGACAUGCUAUGGUGUACAUUUAUGAGAGCUGAGGAAAGCCACAGCUGACUACUCCUGGCAUGUCAGCAUGAGGGACUAACAGUGAAUGGGAUUAUUUUUUCUUCCACCACUACCUCCUCUUUUUCCAUCUCUAGUUUACAGAAGGGACAGCAAGCCCAACUUCUUGGGUGUUGAAUGUUCCCCCCUGCAACAGCCAAACUAUGGUCCAUGGCUGUCUAGCAAAAUCAAAUGCUGUUUGUGAUAUUGAUUUAUGAAGGAUAAAUGUAACAAUUUGGAGAAAUUCUGUCCCCUUCAUUCUCCAGUUGUUAUUAAUUAACAUUAAUGCUUAAUUACCAAGGGAAUUUGCAUUUGCAGCUGCUCAUUUGCUGUCAGAUUGUCUGUAGCAGAAACAAUACAGUUGUGGGAGAAUGUCAUGGAACUCACUUUGUGACUGAUUUAAAGUUUUUGCAAAAGCAAAUCUGAUUUCCAGUUAAUGGUUCUUAAUCCAUACCUUGGCUAUAGUGUAUUGCUGUAGUUUUUGCUCAGAAAUUGGAAGGACUUACAUGUCCUCUACAUUUUUUCAAUGGGUCUUUGCCUUGCUGACAGUAGUAAUGAGUCACCUACACAUUCACAUAUGCAUAUGUAAAAAAACAUGUAAAAAACCCUCCAAAAGUCACAGUCUUUGGUCUACUAGUAAAAUAUGUAUUGGUUUUAAUUGUAAAAAGACAACAGACCAUAUAUUCUCUAAAUCAGUAAUAAAGCAGCAAGGCCGCUGCAGAGCUGUCAGAGAAAUAUAAACAUAAAAAACUGAGCAAGACUAUUUGACACAGGACUUCACUUAGAGAAUCUUUAUACACCUUGGCUAACCUUUCUUGUAGGCAGGCAAGAAAUACAAAUAGGCUACUUUAAUAAAACAAACUUUAUACAGAUAGUCUUGGGAGAAUGUUGUAAUUAAAUCAGAUUAUAGUUAAAAAUUAUCAGUCAGCAAAGGGUCACCAUAAAAAGUUAAAUUAAAUUACCUCAAGUCAAUUUAAUUUCUCUAUCUUUAAAUACUAGGUGACUUUCCUUCACUACAAUGUAAUGACUUUCUUAUUCAACAAGGGUGUAACAGACCUUCCCAUAAGAAAAAUCCUUCUGCUUCUUGGAAAAUGAAUAUAUAGAGAUUUUUCUAAACUUCAAAUAUAAUUUUUAAAAUGAAUGUUUUAUUUUAUUUCAUUACUUUCUUGUGGUUCUUCUUUUUAUAGAAUCUAGGUAGUUAAUUUUGAAACAAAACUGUUUGCCUUUAUUUUUAACGCCACUACUUCUAUGUUUGUCUUGUUAUGUGCGAAACAUUUUGAAGAUACACUUAUACACACACACUAUUCCAUCCCUCUUUCAUGAAGUAAAAAAAAAAAAGUGAGUUGGAGCAUGUUUAGCUCAAAUUUAUUUCCUUUUUUUCAAGUUAAAAAACCAAAAGUUUGUGCUUUUCUCAAGAUGUUGCUGACAAGCAGAAAAGACAAACUAAGUGCCAGUUGGUAUAUCACAGCAUAAAAGGUUGCACUGUCACAGAAAUUUAUGCCAUAGCACUGGACAGCAACUGGUUUUAAAAUGAAGAGCCUCAGGGAGUCUUGUGCUAUUGUAACAUAGUGAAUUCUGGCACUGACCAAAAAAAAGCAAAUAGCUCAGAAACUGAGUCAUCUACAUAAAGGUCUGCUGCUCACCAGUUUGUGUAGGCAUUCUAGAUGUGCCAAGGUGGAAGAAGAUGAGUUCUUUCUGGAGACAAUGGGGAUAAGAGCCAAACAAUUAUUAGAUUAAUAAGAUCAGUUAAAGAGCUGUGAGCAACCCAAAUGGAAAAGGACCUCUCCAACAGGCUGAAGGGAGAAACUGCUGGC